AUGGGGAAGGGGGGGCAAGAUCGACGCAAGGGUGAGGCUGGGUGGGAGCCUUCACUUUCGGUAUCGACGUACCCGGCGUGGGCGAGAGACGUGCCGGAAUGCGAGGAGGAGUUCAAGGUCUCGGCGGAUCGCGGGCUCUCAUCGGAGGAAGUCCUAAGGCGGCGUUUGGUCUAUGGCAGCAACGAGCUCGAGAAACAUUCCGGCCCUUCGAUCUGGCAACUGAUCCUCGAACAAUUCAAUGACACUCUGGUUCGGAUCCUCUUGUUAGCUGCCGUCGUUUCUUUUGUCCUCGCUUGGUACGAUGGUGACGAAGGGGGUGAGAUGGGGAUCACAGCCUUCGUCGAGCCACUGGUGAUCUUCCUCAUCCUGAUCGUCAACGCCGCCGUUGGUGUCUGGCAAGAGAGCAAUGCCGAGAUGGCCCUCGAGGCGUUGAAAGAGAUACAAUCUGAGCAUGCAACGGUGAGGCGGGCAGGGAAGGUCGUCCCUAAUUUGCCUGCAAAAGAACUUGUCCCGGGUGAUAUUGUGGAGCUCAGAGCCGGGGAUAAGGUGCCUGCGGACAUGAGGAUAUUGUACCUGAUAAGCUCUACUGUGCGGGUUGAGCAGGGAUCACUGACUGGAGAGACUGACGCUGUCAAUAAGACCCACCACAAGAUUGACACAGAAGACAUGGACAUCCAAGGGAAAGAGUGCAUGGUCUUUGCUGGCACCACAGUCGUGAAUGGGACCUGCAUAUGCUUGGUUACGCAGACAGGAAUGAACACAGAAAUCGGGAAGGUGCAUUCCCAGAUACAUGAAGCAUCACAGGAUGAUGUUGAGACACCAUUGAAAAAGAAGUUGAAUGAAUUUGGGGAGUCGCUCACUGUUAUAAUCGGUCUGAUUUGUGCACUGGUUUGGCUCAUCAAUGUGAAAUACUUCUUUACGUGGGAUUAUGUUGAUGGGUGGCCAAGAAAUUUCAAGUUUUCUUUUGAAAAGUGUACUUAUUAUUUUGAAAUUGCAGUAGCUUUAGCUGUUGCAGCUAUUCCUGAGGGGCUACCUGCAGUUAUAACUACUUGCUUGGCAUUAGGGACCAGGAAAAUGGCUCAGAAGAAUGCAUUGGUUCGGAAGCUACCUAGUGUGGAAACUUUGGGAUGUACAACUGUAAUCUGUUCAGAUAAGACGGGCACUUUGACUACAAACCAGAUGUCUGUGGCAAGGCUUGUGGCAAUUGGAAAGAAGAUAGGUGUAGUUCGUAGAUUCAAAGUGGACGGGACUACGUAUGAUCCACAUGAUGGUAGGAUCCAUGAUUGGCCAAUCGGCCAGAUGGAUCCAAAUCUUCAAAUAAUUGCCAAGAUUGCUUCUGUUUGCAAUGAAGCCAAUGUCACAAAAUCUGGCCUUCAGUAUCAUGCCAAUGGAAUGUCCACAGAAGCUGCUCUGAAGGUUAGCUUGUGAUUUCUUUAAUUACAUUCGUUGAAUGGAAUGGCUGUAUCAAUGUAUAUACUCACAUUGGAUCUUAUAUUUGAUCCAUUAAAAUCAGCUCUAGACAUAAUGCAUGUGUGAAAACUAGUGUAUGAAGGAUGGGAUAGUAAGUUAAGAAAGGAGGGCUUACUUUUGAGCUGGCACAUUUCGUGACAGAACAAACACUGGGCUAGUAUCAACUUAGCAGCAUUAUAUUUUAUCUCAUUCCUCGUCUUUUUACAGUGUCUUACGUUUUGGAUGAAAAGAAUGAGAUGUCGGAAUCUGAUGUGAUGCACAUUUUUCUUUCAGGUGUUAGUAGAGAAAAUGGGAUUGCCCGCAGGAUCUGAUGUUUCACAUACGGGAGAAGGAUUCCGUAUGUUUAUAUUCUGUGAUUUACAGUUCUGUACGUGCGGAUGCAUAUUUUUGAUCUAACCUUCGUUUGUUUUUCUAUCAUUUAAGAUUGCUGCCAGUAUUGGAAUUCAAUUGCACCGAGGGUUGCGACUCUGGAGUUCGAUAGAUCCAGAAAAUCUAUGGGUGUCAUUGUGAAAUCAGACUCUGGAGGCAAUAUGUUGUUCGUGAAGGUACUAUCAUUGUUUUCUACAGUCGAUGUGUGGGAGGCACUACAAUAGACUUCAUUUAUCUCUUAUUUUCCGGUUUUAAACAAUUUGGAAUUGCAGAUGUGAAAGUGUGAAUGCUUAGAAGCUUCUGCUAAGGACAAAGUUUCAAGAACUUUAUUACUGAAGGACGACAUAUCUGUGCCUAUCUUUAGUUUUUAGUGUGGAUGUCAUGUGAUGAACUUUGAGGAGGGUGUCUGAAGUUAUCUGAUGAUUUAUGCUUCAUUGUUCAUAUAAGAUUUCUAUAUAGAUGUAACAGGAUAUUUUUCACCUCCCACUACCUAUGGUUGGUGAUUCCUCGAUCGCUGCAUUUAUGUGAAUAUCUUUUUCCUGGUGUAAAAAUUUUAUUGACUAAUUUUUAGUUUUCGACAAUAAAUUUCGAUAUUUGAUGGAAAGUGUUUUGCUCAUUUUUAGUAGAUGCAUAUUGUGCUACAUUUGGCUAUUUUGUUCGUGAUAUAAAGGAUUGAUGAAACGGCACUCAAAUACUUCCAAUCUGAUUUUUGUGUUGUUAUUUAUUUAUUUCUACUUUAUUUCCCCCCGCAAUGAUUGCUUUUGUGAUUGGAUCAGUGUCUUAUGUUUUUUUACUGGACCUAAAACGUUUGCUUGUUCACAGUUUUUCUUCCCUGUAUUUUCUCCGGUUGCCCAAUCUUCUCCUGUUUAAGAAUAACCACUUUGUCAUUUCUAUCUUUUAGUUUUAUUUUAAAAUUUAAGUCAUCAUGUGGUUUAUAGUUUGUAUCUUUUAUGAUAGGGAGCUGUGGAAAAUUUACUGGAAAGGAGCACAUACUUACAGCUACUUGAUGGCUCAAUUGCAACUUUGGAUGAAAGGUCAAGGAAACUGAUUCUUAGAGAGCUUCAAGCAAUGUCAUCUAAGGCUUUACGAUGUUUGGGUUUUGCAUACAAGAUUGAUCUUUCAGAGUUUGCCACAUAUGAUGGCGAAUAUCAUCCUGCUCACAGGCUCUUACUUGAUCCAUCUAAUUAUUCGUCAAUUGAGAGUGAUCUCAUUUUCGUGGGUUUUGUUGGGCUGAGGGUGAGCAUAUGUUUCCUCUUUACCACUUCUUUUAGUGUUUCUGCUACUGUCCAUACAAAUUUGAUAUUCUCUCUUACCAAUGUUGGCUGCAAAUCUCUGUAGGAUCCUCCUCGAGAGGAGGUUCACAAAGCAAUUGAGGACUGUAGGGCGGCUGGAAUCCAAGUUAUGGUGAUAACGGGGGAUAACAAAGAUACAGCAGAGGCAAUUUGCUGUGAAAUUGGUGUCUUUGAACCUGGGGAAGACAUUAGCUCAAAGAGCAUUACAGGGAAAGAAUUUAUGCAUCUUUCUGAUAAGAAAAAGUAUCUGAGGCAGUCUGGUGGACUCCUUUUCUCUAGGGCGGAACCAAAACAUAAGCAAGAGAUAGUGAGACUGCUCAAAGAAGAAGGUGAGGUGGUUGCAAUGACGGGCGAUGGGGUGAAUGAUGCUCCUGCUUUAAAAUUAGCUGAUAUCGGUAUUGCAAUGGGAAUUACUGGGACUGAGGUACAUUUAUAUUUCGUUUGUGACUGUCAUGGUUGUUCUAUUGUACAUUUUUAUCUUUUUUUUUCUUCCCUUAUGGGUCUUAUCCUAAUCUCUUCAAGGCUUUAAUGUUUGCCUCCUAUUCUGUUUGUUGUUUUCCUAAAUAUUACUUCAUGAUUUUUUAAGUCAACACUAAAUAAUCAGAUAUAGUGGAAAAACAACUCGUUUUAGCAUAUUUAACAUCCCUUCCGCUGAAGGUAACGUCCUCUGUAAAAAUUCAUCUUAUGCAGAACCUUAGUCAAUACAUAAUUGACAGUCGAUAAUAGUGAUUGCACUUAGUUUUCGUUUUGUUCAUUUCUUUGUCCGCAAAAUCUGAUUAAAUUUAUACUAUUGCUACUACAACAUAGAAUACAUUCUUUUUGCACAUCUGGCUUAAAGGGUCAAAACCCUAGUAACCUUGACUCUAUCAGACUAGAUAUCAAAGAUUUUCAAGCUAGGCUGAUUGUCAUUUUCCUUCUCAGAAGUGGCUACGCGAAGGAAAAUCUGGUUCCCUGCUUUUCGAUCCAUGAUCCUGUUCAUAAAUCUCCCUUUCUACGUCUAUUAUUUUCUUAAGAGUCUGCUGUGGCGUAAGACAUUAGUUCAAGGUGUAUGAAAGCUCUGCAGAUCUAGGGAUCCUGAAAUAAUUGAUGAUUCUGAGCUAAUUGGGAUGGAUGACAAACUUUAAUUCAGUAAUAUUAGAAAAUUGUGUGUGAAUUAUUAUAAACCUGGUUUUUUCUUCUCUUGUUUCAUUUAUUCACAUUCUUAUUUGAUUUCUUCCGUCACAUAGCUACUAAUUCUUUUUUUUUUUUUGCUUUCUAUUAUGACAGCAGUCUGCAAUAUAUGCAACCUUUCUCUUAAUUCUAAUAAAUCGUUUUAGAAUUUGGAUGUGGGUCAUAUGAUCUGUUCUUAGUUUUCCUCUAAUUUGUCGCUUGUCUUUUCAGGUUGCCAAGGAAGCCUCCGACAUGGUUUUAGCGGAUGACAACUUCAGCACGAUAGUUGCAGCUGUUGGUGAAGGAAGAUCUAUAUACAACAAUAUGAAAGCCUUUAUCAGGUUCCUUGUGAUUCUUUAUUAGUGAUUAUUAUCCUCCCAUUCUACCUUUUGAUUUUCUAUUGCAACAGCAUAUGCAGUUCCGUGGUUAAGUCAGGGUGCUGAUAAGAUGAUGAUUAUCAGUCAUUAGUAAUCAUUAUAUUGGUUUAUUAUAUAGUUAGUGAAGGUGGAACCAUGUGCCUUCUAGCUCAUGAAAUCUGGGGAGACCCAUCUUCUUUGAAGGUGUUGUUCUUACCAUGUGAGAGUUUCACGCUGUUUCACCCUUCAUUCGGUUUACACAGCCACGCGGUGGAAGGCAUGAAGCACCUGUUUCUUCGAUGCUCCUUCACAUUGCAGAUACUAUUGCAAAUGAUCUUGCCUAAAAUAGACGUUAGGAGCCACCCACAGAGCUGGAAUAUCAAAGAGCGCUAAAUAGUUUUCUGGUCCGUGAUCCAUUCAAUCCUUAGACUAAUUAGGAAGAAGCUCUGUUUAUGGGCUUCGAGUCAUUUGUUUUCCUUACUUCUCUUUUUGAUAUUUCUCACCGCCCAAAGAUCAUCCAAUACUAGGAGUUGCCCCAAACUCCUAGUUUGGACUGCCCCCCCCCCGCCCCCCCCCCAAACUGAUCUCAUCCAAUCUUGCCACAUAAUCUCAGGUACAUGAUCUCUUCAAAUAUCGGUGAAGUGGCAUCUAUAUUUUUAACAGCCGCACUGGGCAUCCCAGAGGGGUUGAUACCAGUUCAGCUGCUCUGGGUGAACCUCGUCACUGAUGGGCCUCCUGCAACAGCUCUGGGAUUCAAUCCUCCAGACAAGGAUGUGAUGAAGAAAACCCCCCGAAGGAGCGACGAUUCACUGAUCAAUGCCUGGAUUCUAUUCCGUUACCUGGUGAACCCAGACUUCGCCUUGCAUCAUCAGCUUCUUCAAUAAUAAUUAUUCUCAAAACCUUGGAAAAUGGAUUGAUUUGCGCAGAUCAUCGGGCUUUAUGUGGGCAUUGCCACCGUGGGCGUCUUUAUAAUAUGGUACACCCACGGGUCCUUCUUGGGCAUUGACUUGAGCAGCGACGGCCACACGCUCGUCACCUACUCGCAGCUCUCCAACUGGGAUCGUUGCUCCACCUGGGAGGGCUUCAAGGUGUCACCUUUCACUGCUGGUUCCCGGGUCUUCUCCUUUGACUCCAACCCCUGCGACUACUUCCAGUCGGGGAAGGUGAAGGCGACCACGCUCUCGCUCUCCGUCCUGGUGGCCAUCGAGAUGUUCAACUCCCUCAACGCCCUCUCCGAGGACGGCAGCCUGUUGACCAUGCCACCCUGGGUCAAUCCAUGGCUCCUCGCGGCCAUGUCCGUCUCCUUUGGGCUCCACUUCCUGAUCCUCUACGUGCCCAUCCUUGCCCAAGUAUUUGGGAUCGUCCCGCUCAGCUUCAACGAGUGGCUACUGGUCCUCGCGGUCGCCUUCCCAGUGAUCCUGAUCGACGAGGUGCUCAAGUUCAUCGGGCGGUGUAACAGCGGGUCGCGAACCAGGAGGCGCUCUCAGAAACACAAGAAGGAUUAG